AUGGAGGAAGUGCCAUUGUAUGUGGUACAGGGGAAUGGACCUGCCUUAUUCGGUAGGGACUGGCUGCAUUUUGCGAAAUUUGAGUGGAAAAAGUUAGCUGUAAAUCAUCUGCAUUCUGGUAUUCUGAAAACCUCAAAGUUAGAAGAACUGUUAAGGAAAUAUGGUGAUGUCUUUGAUGGUGAACUGGGUACAGCCAAGAAUAUAAAGGCUCAUAUUCAUGUGAGAAAGGAUGCAAAACCAAUCUUUUAUAAAGCGAGGACAGUUCCUUAUGCAAUCAGGGAUGCUGUGAAUGCAGAACUUAAAAGACUAGAAUUGGAAGGAAUUAUUGAGAAAGUUGACUAUAGUGAGUGGGCGGCACCGAUAGUGCCCGUUUCAAAAGACAAUGGUUCUAAUAGGAUCUGUGGUGACUUCAAGGUCACCAUAAAUCGUUAUGUGGAAAACCCUGAACAUCCAAUGCCAAAUCCAGAUGAACUAUACCAGCGACUGAACGGUGGAAAAACUUUCUCAAAGUUAGAUUUAUCGCAAGCUUACCAGCAAGUGGAAUUAGAUGAGGAAUCUAGGAAAUAUGUCACGAUUAACACACCACUUGAUGAAGAGGGUAUUCAUAUGACGGAAGAUACCAUUGCAGCAGUCACGGAGGCACCAAGGCCAGAAUCAAGGUCUGAAAUGCAAUCCUUCCUGGGGCUGAUAACAAACCACUGUCAUACACAUUCUGGGACCCAAGCAAGAGCAUUCCAGGUCCGUUGCAGCUGCAAGAAUACAACGCUGGGGGCUAUACAGUUAGCAGCUUAUGAUUAUGACAUUGAAUUACGUCGUUCAAGUGACAAUGGAAAUGCUGAUGCACUCUCACGGUUGCCUUUACCAGAUUGUGACUCCGAUGCAUCAGAUAAGCAUGUAAACUGGACACAAGAAGCAACUGAAUUUAACAGGCACCAGGUGAACUCUCUUCCUGUAACUGCGAAAUCUGUUGCAAAGGAAACUUUGCAUGAUGCUGUACUGGCUAGAGCUUUAUAUUAUACACGAAAUGGAUGGCCAGACUCUGAGGACAUAGCACAGGAACUGAAACCCUUCCAUAGCCGUCAGCGUGAGUUUUCAAUUGAAGAGGGAUGUCUUCUAUGGGGUGCCAGGGUGGAAUACCGUCGAGAUAUAGGAUUCAAAAUCUUAGAAGAGCUACAUGGUGGACAUCUGGGGAUUGUUAGGAUUCAAAGGAUUAUGCUCGCUUGCAUGUGUGGUGGCCGAAUAUCGAUCAAGAUAUUGAAAACACUGUGCAAGGGUGGGCUCUGCUUGUCAGGUACUCAGACCAAUGCCGACUCGUGCUGA